GUUGCAUCAUUCAAUAUUUUCCUUCUGCUUCCAUGACACUUUUGACAGUUCUCCCUAUCUUUUUGGGGCUGAUUUUGAUGACAUUGAAGAUUUUGUACUAAUUCUCGGGUAUAUUUCUGCAAACGAUUGGACUUCCUCGAGGGUCAUCUGAAUGGGUGUUGGCGAUCGAACGGGGAACAACGCUGACGCUCAACCACCUGGGGAGUUUUGCAACCUUAUGAAGCAGCAAUAUCAUAUGCUUGAAAAAUGCCCCAGUUUGAUGUGAUCAGUAGCUCAGGAGGUAAGCAUUCCAAGAGCAAAAGACUAGGCUCUUUUCCUAGAGGUACAGCUGCUUCAGCAGACUCUGAUACAUCUGGAUUUGGUCGCUUAAAGUACGAAUUUGACUCCGAUUCUACCAUGCCUCCCAUACUACGGGCUCGGCUCCGUGAGUUAUUUUCACAGAUAGAGAGAGAAUUUGAAUCAUUGUACACAGAAAAUGCUCAGUUGCAAGAGAAAGUGGAUAAUUUAAAUGAAAGAUUAGAGAGAGAAACGGCAUUGUAUGAAAAACAUGGUAUAGAUUGCCCGGAUUUUGAGCAUGUUACUAAAUCUGCUUCCAAAUACAAGGGUCUUGGCUCGUCUCAAAAACUCAAAACAGCACAUAAACUAAAAGCCCAGACAAGCAAAAUAGUGUCAAGCUUUAAAGGCCCUACCAUUGGGUGUUCGCUUGUGAGUCAGUUUUCUGGUCAUCGUGAUGGUGUGUGGGAUGUUUCUGUCGCACGGCCUGGGCAGGCUUUGAUUGGAACUGCAUCUGCAGACCACAGUGCUUGCAUUUGGAGUGUAGAGAAAGGUCGUUGUUUACUUCAGUACCUAGGACACCAAGGUUCUGUGAAUUCAAUCAAAUUUCAUCCCUCGAGGGAUUUAGUCUUGACAGCAAGCGGAGAUCAGACUGCUCACAUCUGGCAGGCUGCAGUUACAUGGGAACAUGUUAAGAAGCCAUCUUCCAUGGAUGAAGAUGAUUCAAACUGUGAUAAAGAUGAUUACGGAGCAGACGACUUUGCAGCUGAGCUGAUGGAUGGGUCGCCCUGCUUACGCACUCCGGUACGCGAACUUGUAGGACAUUCUAAUGCCGUCAUGGCUGCUGACUGGCUUCCAAAUGCUGACCAAGUUAUAACUGCCUCUUGGGAUCGUACAGCUUCUUUGUACGAUGUUGAGACAGGGGAGCUCUUGCAUUCGCUGUGUGGGCAUGAUCAAGAACUUACAUAUGCAUCUUCACAUCACUCUCAGCGUCUUGUGGUGACUUCAUCAAUUGAUACAACUUUCAGGCUGUGGGAUUUCAGAGAGCCCAUUCACUCUGUCUCUGUGUUUCAAGGCCAUACAGAGACUGUUACAUGCGCUGUUUUCACUCGUGAAGAUAAAGUUGUCUCUGGCUCAGAUGAUAGAAGUGUCAAAGUGUGGGACCUUAGAAAUAUGCGGUCACCACUUGCUACCAUUCGUUCCGACUCAUCAGCUAAUCGUAUUGCAGUAUCUCCUUCUGGAGUCAUAGGCAUACCGUACGAUAACCGACAAGUGCGCUUGUUUGACCUCAGUGGUAAUCGUUUGGCAAGAUUACCUCGAUCAAGCAGACAGGGUCAUCGUCGCAUGGUAUGCUGUGUUGCCUGGGGAGAUGACAAAGCAGAUGGCUCCACAAACUUCUAUUCGUGUGGUUUUGACAGAUUAGUAUUAGGAUGGUCAAUUCAACCCUGUAAAGAAAAUUAGGUAUAUCAUUGGUGAAAGUUAUUUCAGCAAAUAAUUGUGCUUAUUUUGUUGGGAUUAGAUUAUCAUGAAGGUUGAUAAAAUUGUUGGUUUGUCGAACUUUAUUAAAUCUAAUCUGCUUUCAGAAGAAAAAAUAUGUACUCCAGCAUAAGUGGAGAAAUUUUAAAAAUUUGGCACUAUCAGGCUUGGGGGCAUUUACAUAAGACUGAAAUUUGCAAAUACCCAAAGUUGAAUUGAAUUUUCAGGAUAAGAAUGCUCUUUAAUUUUUAUGGCCGGGAAGUCAACCAAGACCAAAUAUUCUUUUGAGACAACAUUAAUUUUGUGAGACGCUUCCUUACUUAAGUUCUUGUCUUAAUUUUUUUUUCUGCUUUAAAAUUUGCGUUUUUGCUUUAUUGCAUUGAAACAAACAAUGAUUAGAAAGAUAGUUACCAAGAUUUUAGUCUAUAGAUACAAAAAUAGAAAUGCGUGAAGCAAACCUCUGGAGUUCUUAUGUGAGGAUUUUCAGUUGGGCAAUACUGUUACCAAUUUGUUCUUUUAAUUUAUGCCUCUGUGAUCCUUGUGCUUCAAUUUGAAGAAAAAUGUUCUGUAAUGGUAUACAAAUUACAAUUAUGGUUGUAAGGUUA